AAUAAAUGUCAACCAUAAAAUCGUAAAUUUAAUUGAAUUAAAACAAUAACAACAACGGCAAGCAACAACAAGUUCUGGGACUCUCGGUUGCCUUGCCAUUUCUGACAUAAAACACUCGCCUCGCAUACAUUAUUUUUGUUUAAACUGUGACAUAGUACAACUGCAACAGUAACGAACAGCUGUGCUUCAGCGCCGAUGCGGGUGCAUAAAAGUGAAAUUUCGUACGGGCUGGAGAGCAAACAACGCAAAAGUAAAAGAGAAACCGAAAACGAAGAGGAGGCACAAGCAGACACAGGGAAUCCAACGAGAGGCCACUGGGAAUACUGACUCUCAGCGCAGCCAUGACGCCGACUGACUACAGCGUCAGCAACAGCAACAACAACACCUACAGAUAUGCCAACAACAACAGCAUCCUCCAAAAGUCAGCCUCCAAUUCCCCCACAGCCACCGCGCCUUCCAACGCCUUCCUAGAGAUGGAAUUGGCAACCAACGAAGGAAAUACAUCCUCUACGUCUGUCACAGCAUCCUCGCCCCUGCCUGCACUGGACAGUUCCGUGAAUGUCAACGAGGAUAGCACAGAGUGCGAUGCUUUCCUCAUUGGCAGCGGGGGGAGCAGUAGAAACAGCGGGUCGGCCAGCGGCAGUAGGCGAACCAACCGCCAAUCCUCCUCGCUGUACCGCGGCAAGAUGCGCAACUCCUGUUGGGUGCGCGCCCACUCGUUUGUCACCCGCAACUGGUACUUGGGGUGCCUGGUGCCCGCCUCCAUCCUGGGCGCCCUGCUCUUCGUAGGCUGGAUGGCCCGCGACUAUGCCAAGCAGCUCCUCUUCUGGAUUGAGACGCAGAACGCCUGGCUGAUCUUUGCCGUCUUCAUGGCCCUCUUCACGGUGGUCAGCUUUCCCAUCGUUGUCGGCUACUUUGUGCUGCUAAUCACGGCCGGCUACCUUUUUGGCUGCCUGCGUGGAUGGUGCACAGUGAUCCUGGGAGCGAAUCUCGGCAUAGCCAUUGCCCAUGCCACCAUUCGGAGCUGUCGUCAUCGGAUACCAGUGCAGAAGCUGAUCAAGAACGAUACUGGUCGGGCCAUACUGCGCGUGAUAUCUGGACCGAGGGCCUUCCGUGUGGUGCUCUUCACGCGCCUUACGCCCAUCCCCUUUGGACUGCAAAAUGUGAUAUUCGGAAUCAGUUCCAUCAACACUAGAGACUACCAUGUGGCCACCUUUCUGGGCCUGCUGCCGGCCCAGACCAUCAACGUCUAUCUGGGCUCCACCCUGCGGUCCAUGCACGAAGUCCUCAACGACAACGACACCAAGCUGACGGGGUACAUUAGCUUUGUCGUCGAGGUUAUCUGCGGUGUAAUUCUGAUGUUUUGGGUGGUGCAGAAGGCGCGCAAGGAACUGUCCGAGACGCUGCUCACAGCGGACUUCAGCAGCAGCAGCAACGAGGGCAAGCACCCGGACAUCCAGGUAUAGCAGCGUGCCUGUGAGGAGGACUGCCCCCAGGCGAUGCCCGAGAACUGCCCGAGCCCGACUGAAUCUCCGCAAGAGUCGCACAAGACUGCAUCUGUGCAUUAACUAGUUUUCAUAAGUGGAACUGGAGUUGGAAUUGUUUUAGAUUAAGAGUAAUUUGGAGAAGUUCAGGUGAUGCCAUUGAUGCCAAACAUUAAGCUAUCGCUACCUUUGUACAGCUACGCUACGGAUAUCGGUUUAUUAUUAUCCAUGACACCCACAUGCACAUGCCCUCCCAAUGACACAUCCCGCACAUCCACACACACACACACACACACACACACACACACAAACUGAUCAGACUAAGGAUAGAUAGGUAUAUACAUAUACAAAUGUAUACUAUGAUUAGGAAUAUCUACAACUAAAUCGAAGAAGCCUCGCUAUUGCGGUCAUAAUGCUGCUCUAUAAACGUUGUUCAAUUACUAGCGGAUAAGCUUAGCCAAUAAAUGAGCCAAUCGGAAGUACAA